AUGGUUUCGGGAAAGAAAGUCAAGUUUCUGGCGUAUGAAACCACGCAAAUUUUGGCCCUAUGUGUUCCGACGAUCGUUGUCGCAGAACGAUUUGCAACUAUUAUGAAGACAAAAGGUUCAUCUCCGGACUUCAAGACAUUUCAGGUUAUAUUGGCCUGUUCGGUCGCGUACGUGGCGUGCGUGUUGUGUGUCAUCUGGGUUCCAGCAAAGGUUCUAAUGUUCAAGAAGCGCAUUUUGUCUGAAGUGAUGGGAUGGCAUCCAGCCUUAGUCAUGCAUCUGAUUUUCACAACACUGCCUUGCUUUGGGUUUAUAAUUGCAGGAUUUCAGGUACAGAAAGGGUCAAGUCAAAUCAAAGACUUCUCAGAUCUACCCGUGUCCUUGGUCAUAACGUGCCUGAUUUUUGUGAGCGUCAUUGAAGACCUUCGUAAAUGGCAGUUAACUGGAAAAAUUGUUGGAAAUUCUAGUGAUACCACUGGUGGACCUGUCCUCACCAACAUAGAAUACAUCCCAACUGUGUCUGAGCAACAAAGUAAGGCAGACAAGGAAAAUCCAACAACCGCAAGUGUGACAGAAAAUCAAUGUGCUCCACCUGUGGCACAAAGAAGAUUAAAUCAAGUUCAAAAUGUAUUGCAAUCAAAUUCAAGCUCAGUAGUUAGUGAGUGUAACACACCAGAUCAAAAUAUUCCAGCCGCCCUAAAUGUUCUGACAGUGAAGGACCACAGAGCUGAAUUGUUUGUAACUGGUAUUUCUAGUUGGUUGGACACCAUUGAGAUGGUGAGAGUUGGAGGCCUUCAUAGUGUGGCUACAACAGGGUGGGUUUACCCCAUUUAUAUUUUUAGCUACUUGUCACUUUUAAGAAUUGCUCUGGUUUCAUCAAAUCCAUUUUUGCCUUUUCUGACAGUGAUUUUGCAGGAUUUCCCUUUCUUUAUUAUUCGUGUUAGCUUAAUUGGAGUCCAGGGAUUUGUAACUCCUGUUCUCUACCCCUUAAAGAACAUCAUUGUAACAAUAACAUUUAUUUAUUUCAAUUAUGUGACAAAAUGUAAAACUCUCAGUCGCCUAGAACAAUUUUAA